UCUUCCAGUGGAGUCUGACAGGAAUGAGGUCAGACACACUGAUCCUCGUUGCACAUUAUUGUUAUUAUUAUUACCCGUUUUUUUUAUUCAGCCAAUGGGAGCCCGAGUGGGAGUGGCUUCGUUGAAAAAUCAGGAUGGAGACAGACGCUGAUUGGCUGUCGCGUCUUGGAUGAGGCGAUAAAAGGGCGAAGUUCUGCUCGUUGUGUUUACAGUAAUAUUACAGAGCGCAAAGGAAACAGGGGAGACUAUGAGAAAACGCAGCUGCUUCAUUCAGCCACAUGGUUCCUCCACCGCACAGACAAGCUGCGCUGCAGACAGCCUGGUUCACUUAAAGGACUUGCUCUGCUGUUUCCCACCACGGCGCGUUUCCACUCCUGCAGGGCGAGUUUUUAGCCGCACGGGCAGUUGAAAGUUGCUGUUUUAAAAGAGCUGGGAUUUUUUUUUGCUCUCUUUUUCUUUUGCUCCUGUGAAUGAACAGUUGUGAGAUCAAGUGUCUACAGGGCGGACUGAACUGAUCUGAACUGAACAGAGACAACGAGAGACUUAGGUGAACUUUGUUUUACACAUCUCUGUCUGUCAGAGAUAAAGAGGAGUUUCUAUUUCCACUUGAAGUUUGUGAAAGCCAGCACUCGGCAGAGGAGGAGAGCAUGGUGCAGCACAUGAGCCAGGCAGAGAGCGCGCACGCUCACUCCCCCGGCGGGGACUCCACGGACACGGGAGAGAUGGACCUGGAGAUGGAUGCGUCUCCGACCCCCGCGUCUCCCUCAUCCGGGGGGCGCAGCGACUUGGCGUGGUGCAAGACUCCGACAGGGCACAUCAAGAGACCCAUGAACGCGUUCAUGGUGUGGUCACAGAUCGAGAGGAGGAAGAUCAUGGAGCAGUCGCCGGACAUGCACAACGCGGAGAUCUCCAAGAGACUGGGGAAGCGCUGGAAGCUGCUCAAAGACACGGACAAGAUCCCGUUCAUCCGCGAGGCGGAGCGGCUCAGACUCAAACACAUGGCAGACUACCCUGACUACAAGUACCGGCCCAGGAAGAAGGUGAAAUCAGGGAGCGGAGCGAGUAAGCAGGCGGAGCGCGGGGAGAAGAGCGGGGAGCGCAGCGCCAAAGCCGGCGUGAAAAGAAGCCCCGCGUCCAAAGGAGUGAGCAGGACACACAGGCAGGGGAGUUUGAAGAGCGCCGCGGGACUGCAGGACUACGCGUCUCCCGGUGACCACCAGGCGCUCUUCAAAUCCAGACCAGUGUCUGGGGCAAGGCAGAUCCCGGAGAAGCGCGCGGGAGAGGCGAGGCGCAGCCACUUGUUCGGCGGGGCAGGCAGCCUGGAGAGCGGGCCUCCCUCAGUCGGAGUUCCGGCCAGUCCCACACUGAGCAGCUCGGCAGAGUCCAGUGACCCGCUCAGUCUGUACGAGGAGCAGAGUCCCGCGACCAGCGAGUCCUCAACACACACCGCGCGCCUCAGGUACACACGCGCCUCCUCCCCGACACCAUCAGCCUCCCACUCUUCCUCGUCUGUGUCAUCAUCAUCAUCAUCAUCGGAUGAAGAGUUUGAAGACGAGCGGGUCGACCCGAACCCGAGUCCCGGCUUUGAGAGCAUGUCCCUGGGUGGCAUGGGCUUCUCCGACACGGAGCUCGACCGAGACUUGGACUGGAGCUUCGGGGAGUGCGGGGCGGGGUCUCACUUCGACUUCCCCGACUACUGCACGCCGGAGGUGAGCGAGAUGAUCUCAGGAGACUGGCUGGAGUCCACUAUCUCCAACCUGGUGUUCACCUACUGACCUGAACACUGACCACUGUGGAGAGGAACCGCGACUUUCCUCCACGUUUUUGAGCAGUUCACACCCCCCGCAGACAUGCGCGUGAGUCCAGACCUGAAUAUUACCGCCAUUCUUUCACUAAAUAAGGGAGAGUGAAGAAGACAGGGCAGAAAAAAACGGCCUGUGUGCGCGUUGAAGCUGCAGGAACGCGCCGCUCACAGACUUGGACAGAGCGUGGUGCGCCUGUACGGGAGCGCGCAAACGGGGGUGGUGGGAGGAUGCUUAGUUUGCAUCGGGACACAGAGGAGGAGUGAAUGUAAGCAGCGCGAGCAGUGGAACACACGAACUUCAGCUCAACUGUUCAACCUGAUCCACAGAGGAUCCACGAGGACUGAGACUGAACUUUGAAAUCUUCACGUCAUUUCGGGGAAAAUGGACACUUAACUGGAAAGCUCCUCAUGUUAGGUUAUGUUUAAGGUGUAACCAAUUAACAUUGACCAUCAAGUUGCUAUUCAGGUGCAGUUUUUUUAUCCCAGUCUCGAAAUAGUUUCAAUAUCAGCACGCAUGCCCUCCAGAGACGAGGAGGAUUUUGUUGUGGUUUAAUGCGUAAAAAUAUGUCAUUGCUGCGUAAUUACGCAAUUUGUGUGACCAUAGGACACAGUUCACUAUCACCAGCUUCUCUUUCAACGGCAGGACUUUCAGAACAAACAAAAAAAAAAAACAAAGACUGACUCCAACUUUCAGAAAGCCCUUUUCUGAACCUUUUAAAACACUCAGUGCACAAUUCAGGACCAAUGUUUUCCCCCGACGCGCAUCCUUUCUGCCUAGUGCUUCAACUUUGUAGUUCCUCUGUGUCAGAUGACGUUUUUUUAUAUUGAUGUAUUUAUACCGGCCAAACUUUUUUAUACAUAGAAGUAUUGUUCUCGUACAGGUCUCAUUUGUGUUUGUGCACAUACACCUGUCUCUGUAUCCUGCGCGGAAGGGCUAGAAGUGUGUCUUAUUUAAAAAAAAAAACAAACAAACAAACAAAAAACAAUGUCUGACUUCUCUCACUUUUUAGGAGAUUUGAGUGUGUCAUGAUUUUCUACUUGUAUUUUUGUACAAAAUCUAUAGAAAGGGUUUUUUUCCGGCGAGUGGGUAACCUACAACAUUGUUGUUUAGAUCUACAUUGGUGUUUAGAUGUGCAGAGAGGGGGAGGGAGGGAGGGGGGGAGGGGUUUGUUUGGCACAAUCUGACCUCACACAGUGUUUACAGUAUUUACCCACAUGCUUCUUAAUGGCACAGUGACUCCAGUUUCACCAGCCAAGUAAACAAAGCACCACUGAGGCUCCCAGUCUGAGUGGUGACUAUGUUUCCAGUACACAUAGCCCUAAAGAAAACAAGUGAAAGAACCCAGAGAGUCACUGUUUGGAUAGAGCUAAUACCUCUGUGUGCUUUUUUUUAAAAUACAAAAAAAAUCAAGAUAAGUUUUAUUUGAAACCACUGGAUAGAAUUUCACAUUCAUUCCACUUUGCCUAGACUUCGGAGGGAGGGAGACGUAUGAAGUGCUUCAUCUGUUAUUGCGCAAAUUGCAUUAAGAAAAAAAAAAGUAUUUAACCUUUCUGUACCUGUUGGCUAAGUAUAGCAGGCUAAUUGUUUUCCUAUAUUAUGGCAUGGCAAAUAGCAUUUGUAUUUCAGAUUCAGGUAUAUGUAGCUAUAGCUGUUGUGUUUAAGAUUUUUAAAAGAAUAAUAACAUGAAGAUAUUUAUGUAAACUGACUGUACUAUAAGCAAAGAUUGUGUGUUUUAUGUAUGAUGACGAUGAUGAACAACGACAGGCACUAGGACAGCCAUCUUUAGACAUUAUUAUGUUGAAGAUGAUUGAGGUCCAGGACUUUUUCUUUUCUUUUUUUUUCUUUUGUAACGACCCUUUCCUUUUUUUCAUUUGUGCAAUAUGCUGUGUAUGAUCAUGUUUUGUCCAAUCAUGCCAAUAUCAUUUCAUGUUACUUGCUAGAAACCAGCCAAUGUUUGGGUCAAUCACUGCCUCUCAGACCUCUGUACAGAUUGUUGUUUUUUUUGUUUUUUUUUUAUUAUUUGAUUUUCCUUUUCUUCCCGAGAAGGAAAUAAAAUCAGCUGGAACUGAAAAGUACAAAAUGUU